CGAGGCGGCCACGCCUGAUGGGCGUGCCGCCGGCGAUGGUGUACACGAUGCACUCUGGUCGGAUAUAUGCCACGCCGCGAUACAGCCCUUGCUCCCCACCCUUAUCCUUGCGCCCGCCAUCUCCCAUCUUCAUAUCUCUAUCUCCCUUUCUCUCUUCACGCCAGCAUACCCAUACCCAUUGACGACCCGACACGAUGAACACGCCGGUCAAGAACAUUCGCCGCAGCUCGACGUACUACCUCGGCGGCGGCGAUCUGCACAUUCUCGUCGAGGGCGUCAUGUUCCGCGUGCACAAAUACUUUUUCGACCGGGAGUCCAACACGUUCCGCCGCGAGUUCGUCCUUCCGGUGUCGCCUGGUGCGCAACCGAAGGGUUCGUCCGAGUCCACCGCGCUGGUCCUGGAGGACAUCACCCUAGAGGAAUUCGAGAAGUUCCUCUGGGUUUUCUACAACCCCCGAUAUUCGAUCUACGACGCCGCACCCGAAGACUGGGUCGACAUCCUCAAGCUCGCGCACAUGUGGAGCUUCCGGGAGGUGUAUGAGCUCGCCGUGCGCGAGCUUGAGCACCUCGAGAUGCCCGUCGUGGAGCGACUGAUUGCGUACCAGGCGUACGGCGUCAAGCGCGAGUACAUCAUCCCCCUCUACGCGGAGCUCUUCCGCCGCGAGGAGCCGCUCUCCAAGAGCGAGUCGCAGCGCCUCGGCAUUGAAACCGUGUACACCAUCUGGAUGGGCCGCGAGCGCCUGCGCGCGAAGCCCGUCUUCGACGGACGCUCCGGGCGCAGCCCGCUCCCCGCGGGCCUGCAGGAGACGGAGGUCGAGUCUAUGGCGCGCGAGCUCCUCGCGGACCGCGCCGCGAAUUCAUCCCCAGACGAUGACGCGCCAACGUCUGCGGAGAAUGGCGCGCACUUUGCUACGGGAAGCGCAGGUGGAGGCGUUCGCGGAGCUGGCAGCGGAGGCGGAUACUCCAACUCCCGGCAGCCUAGCCACAGCCGCGAGUCCUCGGGUGGGGCGGGCCCGGCGUCGUUCGAUGGAUACCGAUUCAACACAAACGGACGAACGUCGCAGCGCGGGAUCAACAAGUAACCGCGAACCGUUCGUAGUCGUACCGGGGCAGAAGAAGAAGCGUCACCUGCGUAAGGGACUGAAGAAGCGAAUUCUCCGUCUCCUCCGCGUUACGAGGCUCAGGACGAAUCGGAAGCAGCUGUAGGAUUGGACGGUCAUUGUCAUGUCUUGACGACAGGGACACUCAGUGCACGAUAUUCACGAUUGUAUUGUAGAUACUAAGUUAUGUAGCAUGCUGGAGAUUGGAUGGCGAGUCCUACCAUGAGUCAAGAUAGUCCAGAGGAAUGUAGAGCCUGACGGUGUUGUUUUUCUGAUAGGUGA